CGCGUGCCGGAUUUUGCCCGCUCAACUCUCAUCUUCAAAUAUCCCCCAAAGGGAGCCCAUUUCUCAUGGCACCUCAAGCAUAUUAGUGUUUGAGGCCAUCUGCUAUUUCAAAGACAUCGACAUCUCUAUAUUUCAAACAUGACUAUGGAAUUCGAGAUGACAGGGCGCCGGCCCAGCAGGAACGGCUCGGGCGAGGUCAAGAACGAUGACGAGGAGUACUCUUAUGGCAGCCGUGACCGAGCGGUUCUUGCAAACUUGGGGAAGAAGCAGGCGCUGAAGCGGAACUUUGGCUUCAUAUCCAUGGUGGGGUUCUCAAGCACAUUGAUGGCUACAUGGGAACCAUUAUCAGCCUUACUGCAAGGAGGACUCCUCAAUGGCGGUCCCGUGUCGCUGGUAUAUGGCUUCAUUCUCUGUUUCUUCGGUACGCUCGCGACUUGUGCGUCGCUGGGUGAGAUGGCAUCAAUGAGUCCAACGUCUGGAGGGCAGUAUCACUGGGUUGCGCAGCUGGCACCGCGCAAGUACUCCAUAUUGUUGGGGUGGUACACUGGAUGGGCCUCAGUCCUUGCAUGGCUAGCUGCUACGGCGGCACCAGCCUUCCUCGGCGGGACUUUGAUUCAAGGUCUCCUAGUCCUAAACGACGACACAUAUGUAUACGAGCGAUGGCAUGGCACUCUGCUCUAUACUGCGAUUGUCACUUCAGCAGUCGUCGUGAACAUCUUUGGCAUCAAGAUUCUACCUCACCUAGAAAGCAUCAUUCUCUUGAUGCAUAUAGGGCUCUGGUUUCUCCUUUUAAUCCCGAUGGUGUGUCUUGCACCGCAACAUUCAGCUGAGUGGGUCUUCACGGAUUUUGAGAACAAAGGAGGUUGGAGUAGCGAUGGCGUGUCUUGGUGUGUUGGCCUUCUCACAAGCGCCUUUCCAUUUACUGGUUUUGACGGUGCGUGGCACAUGAGCGAGGAAAUUGAAAACGCAACAACCGUCGUUCCGCGCGCCAUGAUCACAAGUAUAGUGCUCAAUGGCUCUCUCGGUUUCGGCUUCCUAAUUGCGCUCUUAUUCAGCAUGGGGGAUAUCAACGCCGCCCUCUCGACCCCCACGGGAUUCCCAAUUAUCGAAAUAUUCUACUUCGCGACGAGUUCGAAGUUGGCCGCAACCCUGAUGGUGUGUGGCAUUGUCUUUUCGGCCGUAACAUCCACCUGGGGUCUUCUCUCCGCCGCCUCGCGUAUGACUUGGGCAUUCUGCCGAGACAACGGAUUGCCUUACUCGACCUACUUUGCGCACGUUCACAGCACGCGCCACAUCCCCAUCCGAUCUAUUAUCCUCACCGCCGCCACCCUACUCGUCCUUGGCUUAAUCAAUAUCGCCUCCACGGCCGCCUUCUAUGCCAUCACCGGCCUUGCAACCGUGGCCUUGUACUCCACCUACAUCGUCCCAAUUGCACUUCUCGUGGUACGUCGGCUCUCAGGGGAUGAAAUCCCCUUUGGCCCGUGGCACCUCGGGAGAUGGGGUAUGCCCCUUAACAUAUUCUCUCUGGUGUACGCGUUGUUUGUGUCGAUUUGGAUGUUCUUUCCCGCGUUUGUUCCAGUGACGGCUGUGAAUAUGAAUUAUACGAGUGUUGUGUACGGGGGAACGUUUAUUUUCAGUGCGGUGGCCUGGUAUGCUUAUGGCAAGACGACGUAUUUGGGGCCGAUUAAGGAGGUUAGGGAGUAAGCCGGUUGUGUGUGUAAGCUAUGUCUGGACGUGGGAAUAGAUAUCAAGGCG